AUGUCGUUCACCGAGAAGCUCGACCCGGAGGCUCUUGCCUACUUCAACAAUGUGUGCCAGAAGCCCUUCGCGCAGCAGGCCGUGGCCUUCUUGAACGCGUACUGGAGGGAGACGGCGGACCAGGCCGAUUUCAUCUUCAGCGUGUCGUGGGAGUUGAUCAAGUAUGCCGACAUGCACAGCAAGGGCAUCUCGCUGCGCCACCUCUACGAGGAGGGUCACGAUCUCGAUUUCGACAUCGGUCUCUACUUCUACGAGCAGCUCUGCAAGUUCGUCGAGGACCCCAAGAACAGCAAGUGGGCCAGCCCCGCCUUCCGCAAGUCGCAGCCCGAGAUGCUCACCGCCAUCAAGCGCAAGCAGGAGCUCAGGGACCGCGUCGACGUCAACUUCGACGGCCGUGUGUCCUUCCUCGAGUACCUCCUCUACCAGUACAACAGCGUCGCCAACCCGGCUGACUUCUGUAAGAGGUCCAUGUCCUGCCAGGACGAGCACCCCGAGAUCCGCGCGCGUCUCGCCCUCGAGGAGGUCAACAAGAGCAUCAAGGCCUACGAGGCCGAGAGGUACCGCCUGACCGAGGAGGCCAAGCUGCCCGGCGUCAAGGGCCUCAAGGCCACCAACGAGCUCGCCCAGCUCGACGCCAGCCCCCUGGCCGAGAAGCUCAACAAGGCCCUCAUCACCGCCGAGGCCGCUGUGCGCAUUGCCGUCCGCAAAGCCUCCAACUCCUCCGAGACCUUUGCCCCGACCGAGGGCGCGCUCUGGUGGAUGUCCCGCGACCUCGAGGAGAAGCAGAAGCACUACGGCAAGAAGAAGUAG